ACUUUAACAUUUUCAAAGACAAUUUGCGUUAAAUUGGCAUUUCUAAAAAAAAAUCACCGAAGUGCAUUCUUCACGGCUGCGUGCUCCGGGAAGCCGUCGACUGUCGAAGAAAGCGGAAGUGGUGAUAGGGAGAAAUUUCAUUGCGGAUGUGGUGUCCUUUGCUCCACUGAGAAGGGUGCUGGGCCAUCAAAACAAAAACAGGAGUCACACACAGGCAGUAGCUGGAGUCACUGAGAGCUACUGCCAGCAGAUAUCAGUCUGCUGUGUCACCAUGCUACUGAAAUCAUGUUGCAUCUACAGCGUCGGAGUUGUUGCUGUUCUUCUUCUCAUCUCGGGGAUUUCUUUGGUCUUGUCUAACGUGUUUCCACGUCUCCUACAGUCGGUGGUUGAAAAGGAAGUCGUUUUGAAGAAUGGCACGGAGGCGUUCGAGGCCUGGGAGAAUCCGCCGGCACCUAUUUACAUGCAGUUUUACUUCUUUAAUCUGACCAACCCCCUGGAGGUGCUGGAUGGGGAUAGGCCUGCUGUGGUGGAGAUUGGUCCAUACACCUACAGAGAGUACCGGCCCAUGGAGCAAGUGGACUUCCAGGAUAACGGCACUAAAGUCGCCGCUGUCAACAUGAAGACCUACAUAUUUCAGCGCAACAUGUCCCGAGGUCCGGAGAGUGAACUCAUCAGGACGGUCAACAUCCCCGCAAUGACGGUGAUGGAGAAAUUCAAGGACCAUGCGUUCAUAGCCAAUAUUAUAUCCUCCUACAUGUCGGGCACCGGUGUAGGCCUGUUCACCACCCACACAGUGGGAGAGCUACUGUGGGGAUAUGAAGACGGCCUGCUCAAAACUCUCAAAGCUCUACAAUCUGACCUGGAUGAUGUUUUCGGACUCUUCUAUAAGAGCAAUGCUUCCAACGAUGGUGAAUACGUCUUCUUCACCGGUCAGCAAGACUACAAGGACUUUGCCAGAGUGGAUACGUGGAACGGUGAAAGCACGAUGAGUUGGUGGACAUCUGAUGAGUGCAAUAUGAUCAAUGGAACCAAUGGAGCCUCUUUCCACCCAGUCAUCACCAAGAAUGAGACUCUCUACAUGUUCGCCUCUGACCUGUGCAGGUCUCUGUACACUCUGUAUGAGGAGGACGUGACGGUAAAGGGGAUCCCCGGGUAUCGCUUCAGUCCCCCAAGCGAGGUUUUCGCCAAUAAGACCGUGAACCCGGCCAACGCAGGCUUCUGUGUCCCCGCUGACAAUUGCCUGGGCUCUGGCGUGCUGAAUGUCAGCCCAUGUAAACAAGGAGCUCCCAUCAUCAUGUCUUCACCACACUUCUACCAGGCAGAUGAGAGAUACAUUCAGGGUGUAUUCGGCAUGAGGCCUCAGAAGGAGGAGCAUCAGACUGCGAUUGAUAUCAAUCCGCUAACAGGAAUCAUCCUACAGGCAGCAAAGCGGCUCCAGGUCAACGUGUUUGUCGAGAAGAUCCCCACCUUCAGACAAACAGGAAAUGUGCGGACAGUGACUUUUCCUGUGGUUUAUCUCAAUGAGAGCGUCGUCAUCGAUGACGCGUCGGCCAUGAAGCUGCAGAAGAUUCUUGUCAAGCAGAACGUCGUGGUGAACAUUCCGUUCAUGUUCAUCGGUCUCGGCAUCAUUCUGGGAGGAGUCUUCAUGUUCCUGAUGUGUCGACAGAAGGUCCCCGUGAGCACUGCAGCAGAGCGAGAGCCCCUGCUCUCGUCAUAGUAGUCAGCAGCAUGUAAAAAGAAGGAGGGUUGCCAUAUUUGCAGUAGAAUUUCACAUUUCAUGGGUUCAGUGGAUCGGCCAUUUUUGCCAUUAACACCCAAGUAAUAGUUCCCAUUAUAAUUCACAAUUCCACAUUUUAAUCUGGUGUUUUUAAUCCAGCGGUUUUAGGAAACAAAGUGAAGGUUUGUUACAGGGAUGGGGUUAAUGUUUUCCUUACAAUACAGUUGUAAUGAUCAUGAAAAUACCCCCUUUUUAAAAUUAAAUCUUAAAUAUAUUUUUUUUAUAAUUUAUUGGAUUUUGGAUUGAAACGUGAAUUGAGUAGAUUAAGUGUGUGCGUGUGCAUGUGCAUGUGCAUGUGUGUGUGUGUGUGUGUGCGUGUGUGCGUGUGUGUGUGAGAGAGAGAGAGAGACCACAAGAUGAAUGGCUAUAGAACUGAAAUAGUGACGAAGGAAUAUUUUCAGCGUGUUUUUUUUAAAUGGGCCAGUAAUCAGUUUUUAGCACGGUCUGGUGAGAUUGUUGAUGCAUCAAUAAGGAGAAAGUUUAUACAGCUGUUCAAUGCAGGAGAAAUAUCCUUUCCCUCUUCACGUCAACAAUUCACAUUUUUGUAUUGUUCGCAAAACACGAGCAAAGUGUAAGCUGUGCAAAACAACUGCAUAAUCCACAACAUAUAAAUGGCAUAAUAUGGAAUCACAUCCAAAAGUAUUAAACAAUAUCAGUAUAAAGAGAACAGUUUUAUUUGGUGCACUGUACGAUAUCUUCUUUUCCCUAAUUCCAAUACUUUGCCAUAAAUGUGUGAUUUAGAGUUUUACUAUUAAUAUUAUCCUGAAAUCUCAUGUUAGUGACACUACUGUUGUCAAAUAUGUUGACAAACAGAAAAUGUUGUUUUUCCUUUUAACCACUAGGAAAUGUUCAUGAUUUGUAUGGUUAAAUGCUGCACUGCUUAACAGCCUUGUAUCCAAUUAUUGUAACUUUAUUGUAAGUUUUUUUUCUAAUUUCCAUCAUUGCUGAUUAGAUUAAAAUGAAAUAGAUUGUUGUUGUCCAGAACUACAUAGAGUGUGACUACAAAUCACUAUUUCACACUCCUCACUGACAGGUCGCCUUUUGUUCCCUUUGUUUUGGUCUUUGUUAAUGUGCAACAGAGAUUAUUGUUUACAAUACUACUCCUACAUAGUAAAAUCAAUAUGUAACUACUGUUUACGUACUCUCAAUAGGUCACAUAUAACAAUGUGCACAUUGUCUUGCCACUUGCUACAACUUUAAUAAACUUGGUGUGCUUCACAUUA